AUGGUGUUCAGGUCGCCGCUCGACUUUUUCUCAGCCUCCCGGAUCCUCCUGCCACACUUCUCGGAUGGGCUCCCUAUUCUGGCACGCUCGCAGUCCCCGGAGGACCCCCCCUCCGCUUGUCCUCCCCUGGCUCUCCCGGGGUUGUGUUUCUCCGCGGGGCAGAUCGCCAGUGUCUGCGAGACCCUGGAGGAGACCGGAGACAUCGAGCGGCUGGCCCGCUUCCUCUGGUCUCUCCCGGUGACCGCAGACGGUCGAGACUCCAUCUCUGAGCACGAAUCCGUGCAGCGGGCUCGCGCCGUGGUGGCCUACCACACGGGGAGCUUCCGCGAGCUUUAUCACAUCCUGGAGACGCACCGCUUUACGCGCGCCUCGCACGGUAAACUCCAGGCGAUGUGGCUCGAAGCUCACUACCGGGAGGCAGAGAAGCUCCGGGGUCGACCGCUCGGACCUGUUGACAAGUACCGCGUGAGGAAGAAGUUCCCGUUACCGAGGACAAUCUGGGACGGUGAGCAGAAGACGCACUGCUUCAAAGAGCGCACGCGGGGGCUGCUAAGAGAGUGGUACCUGCAGGACCCGUACCCGAACCCUGGGAAGAAGCGGGAGCUGGCGCACGCAACUGGACUCACACCGACUCAGGUUGGGAACUGGUUCAAAAACCGGAGACAGAGAGACCGGGCGGCAGCAGCCAAAAACAGGUUGCAACACCACCGGAUGUGUCCAGGCGGUGCGCGGUCAUUUAGCGGAGGAGAGUGCAGUCCAGACGAAGGCGGGGAGCGCGCAGAUGGAGAAACUCUUCUCUCAGUAACGGACAGUGACUCUGACUUGGAUGUUUGAGACUCAAAUAUAAAAUGGACUUCGGGGCCUGAGAUGGUCCGUCGUGGAUUACCGCGGAGAGAGGAGGAUGUAUUCAGGAAAAAAAAAGGCUGGUCAGAUUUUGGGUUGCAAUAAACGUUCAGGGCAUAAAACAGCUUCAUCCUAAAUGUCACCUCAGCCCACCAAACAGCUGAUGUUACUGUGUAUUUUUGAUUUUUAACAACAUCACUGGAUGGUGCCGGUGCACAUCUGUUGACCCAGCUUACACCAUCAACCUGAUUAAACAGACAUCAAGCCGUGGACCCCUGUUGGACUUUAACUCAGGGACCCCCACAUGGGAGGACCCUUACAGAC